CUGACGCUGUCAUGUCAACGAACUACUGAUCUUGGCGGUUUUGGUAAUAACAAUCUAAAACCGAAAAUGCCUCCGAAAAAACGAGAUAAAGACAAUGAAACGGGUAAAAAUUCUAAAAUUGAUCACUUGCAGGCCGACCAUGAGCUAUUUUUACAAGCUUUCGAAAAGCCAACACAAAUUUACAGGUUUCUACGGACCAGAAAUAUGCUAUCGCCAAUAUUUCUAAACAGAACCUUAUCAUACAUGAAACGUAGGAUGUCUCGGAGCAAUAAAAGUCGUAACGGAUUCAAGGUUGAUUCAUUAUUAGAGAAAAUCACCCUGAAGAAGAGUACUGAACUACAGUUGAACAGUCUAGGUGGAUACAUGACAUUAACCUUUCUGGGAUUCUACGAUAAAAGCUUGGAUGAACCUAGAGACUAUCAAGUUAAAGUUGAGACUCUCCUGCUAAAGAUCUGCCACAAAAAGAGGAAAGAAAGUUCAUCUGCUAUUGUGGAAGUUUCUGUGGGCAGUUGUUCUGUGCCACUCAAUCCAUCGUCAUCUGAACCUCCAGCCAUGGCAUCUGCUGUGAGCAUAUCCAGUGACACUUUCAGCCCUUCACAAGGACCCAACGUAAAGUCGUACAUGCUGAUGCUCCGAGUUACAGUUACUAAAGCCUCGGCUAAUGGAACCAGCUCUACAGAAAUAACCAACGGUGAAAUGGAUGAACCACUCACAAAACGUCUCAAGCCAUCAGCUGACUUAAACACAACUCCUACAUCUCCUACAGAUAAUAAUAAGUGGAGUAAACUUUACGGUAGUGAGUUAAUAGUGUAUGACAAGCAUAAUAGAUGUCUGCUGACAAAUGGAGAGUAUGAUUUGGUACUACACGACGCGACCCCAGGGGGCAGAAGUGCUACUAUAGCGAGGUCCCCGCACAAAGCAUUGAUGGCACAGUGGGAGACUAUACCAAAUGAGAAUGAUGUGCAGUCAGAAACCAAUCCAUUUGACAUAUUCAAAGUUAGACCAUUAUUGAAAUUGAAACUCAGCUGGAGUCAGGAACCAACCAAUGGACUGGUCAAUAGGCCUAAACUUUACCAACAAACUGAAACCAACGGUAUUAAGAAAGAAAAUUCAUCAAGCAAAGACAGACCACAAAAGAGCUCUACUAGUGAAAAUAAGAAUGGUGACAAACACAAAGACGACGGCCGGCAGCAGAUCAUCUACCAGUUUCUCUACAACAACAACUCGAGACAGCAGACGGAGGCAUGUGACGACCUGCAUUGCCCGUGGUGCUCGCUCGACUGCGCCGCGCUGUACUCGUUGCUCAAACACCUCAAGCUUUGCCACUCGCGAUUCAACUUCACUUACUUUCCAAUACCAGGUGGCGCGCGCAUAGACGUUUCUAUAAACGAGCUAUAUGACGGUUCUUAUACGGGCUCGCCACACGACCUCAUAGCUGCGCAGGGGCGCGGCGGGGCCCCCAUCGGCGGCGGCGGGCCCACCACUACUGGAGCCGGGGGCCCUCGAUCGGGGCCCACACGGAGGGCCUCACUCACGCAUCUGCUCGUGUGGCGAGCGAGGCCCCGCCGUCGACCAGUGAGGCAUAGCCUAGCGGAGUUCCUAGAGUUGGAUGACGCGGAUACCGGCGACGCCCAAAGGCCGUAUCUCACUGGACAUAACAGGUUGUAUCAUCACACAAUCACCUGCCUGCCAGUGUAUCCAAAUGAGCUCGACAUUGAUUCAGAAAGUGAGACUGAUCCGUUAUGGCUGCAGCAGAAGACGAUGAUGAUGAUAGAUGAGUUUACGGACGUGAACGAAGGAGAGAAGGAAUUGAUGAAAAUGUGGAACUUGCAUGUGAUGAAGUACAACUAUGUAGGCGACUGUCAAAUACCGUUGGCAUGUCAGAUGUUCCUGCAAAUGAAAGGCAAGGAGUUACUUGAAAAGAACUUAUACAGGAAUUUCAUUCUACACAUGUGUUCCUUGCACGACUUUGGCCUGAUAAGCCCGGUCGCUCUAUACCAAACUAUACAAAUGCUCAACCAAAUGCUAGCGGAUAACGCUGAAGCCAAAGAAAAAAUGCGCGAAUCGCUCAAAGCGCAGCGCGAACAUUGGAACGCGGUCGGAAAAUAUCAACCCGCCGUCAUCAUAGAACAGAAACCACCGACAACAUCAGCUAAGCUAAACAACGUAGAAGCCUCUCCGUCCGUUAGAAGAAAAACGUCCAAUCUUCAGAACGCUAAUAGGAUGGGGGGUAAUAAUUCCAACUUCAAUAAGUCAUCAAGCCCCGGACCGACUGACAACAAACGUAAGUUGUCAUCAGGAAGUAUACAGAGCCGGAAGAGAUCUUCCAUAUCGGAACGGAAAAGCUCUGUAUAGCGAAUACUCAGCGGUGUAGAAAACCCACGUUGAGGCUGCCUGCCUGUUUCUGUUCUCCGAUUCUGAUAUUUAAUGUUAUACAGCUUUGAUACUAGAUUUCGUCGUUUUUGCGAUUUUGACCAAUCAGAGCACAUUGGACUUUAGUUUGUCAUUUUAUGAAAAUACCAUUUUGUAUAUCAAUAUUACGAGACUGUAUAAAAACUGUAUUUUUAGCGGAAUCGACCUACUGAUCCUAAAAGUUCCAGUCCCACCAAAAUUGUAAGUUGAAUUGUUUGUCUUAAUAUUUAGUUUACUCUUUCAUUCAUAUUAAGAAUAAGAGAGACUUGAUAUUCAGUAAACAACCAACUAAAUUCGGGAGAUUGGCACCAAACUUCACAAUAUGAUUUAAAAAAUUGAAGAGAUAGAUGUCAAGGAUUUUAACAAAAAGCAUAAUAUUAUAUUGUCAUGGAGUAUAUUUUGAGCCAAACACAUUUUAGGUUAUUUGAGCCAUAUGUGUUUCAUUGGAUUUAUACAUAAGCCGAAAUUAACAAAAUAAUAAUGAAAAGGCUGUGACUAAAGCAAUUUCAACUGAUGCUACUGGAAACUAUUUGAUUUGGGUUUAUAUAUUUUUACAACUGUAUGAUUGGAUGUCAUGUUUUCUUUUACAUGAAACAUCUUAUUUUUAUUCUGGAUGUAUUUUUAUUUUCAAUGAUUUAAACUCUAGCAUCAUUUGAAUUACGACUUUUAUUGAGACUUAUUUUGAUUGGCGCCAUAUCGUUUUACUGCCCUUUUAUUCUAUCGUGUUUUAGGUUAAUUUUUGUGGUGCAAGCUAACAAUUUUUGUUUAUAAAAAUUGUUGAUGAAGGCCGCGCACAACUGACAACCCUCGGUAAAACUAGGGGCACUGCCCGCCCCGCCAAAGAGACCUAUAAAUCAAUCACUGCGCUUUCCUCUUUGCAAUUUUACCAAACAAUCUUAACCCAUCAAUCCCCUAGCGGCAGCCGGCUGCCGCAUAACAAUUGAA